UGGAUCACAUCCAUAUGAUACUGAUGAUGAUGAUUAAUAACCGCUACGGGGAGAAUGGGUUCAAAUGAACAACACCUAAAAAAAAACUGCAAAGCAGAUGCAGCCCUUUUCCUUAUGUGUUUUUUAAAAAAAUUCAUUUUAUUUAUUAGAUUUUUUUCUGUAUUUCAUUUUUUCAGUAAAAUAGUUUGUAUAAUUUAGGAAUGCACUGAGUUCCCACAGGUGCGCACUUGUUCUUUUCCAUUUUCCUGACAGAUCAUGUGUCUCAGGAGCUGCUUGUUGUGCAGAUGCUUUUUGGUAACAACAAAAUGUCCAAAAACCAAAUAAAUAAUCUUCAUGAUCGACGUCUUUCUUACACAUCCACACAUGGCCACAUGUUUUACACAUGCCACACACAUCCAUGCACCAUGCACCGCCGCUUUAUUUUCUGUUUCUCUCUUUUUUUUUUUUUUUUUUUUUUUUUACCUAUGGCAAGAUGAAAUCAAUAUUAAAACACUUGGACAAACCAAACCAGAGAUGAACUAUCUCGCACUUGCCAGACAAACUGACAUUUCGGUCAUCCACAUGCACCAGCACCAGUAAACAGAAAGCCGCGCAAACAGAACUGCUGGUAACUCUGUGAGUACAACUUUUUGGAGUCAACAGCGAUAAAGAGAGUGAGGGGGCGGAACCCUGCUGAGCCCCUGCGCUGAACGACAGCCAAUCGCUUCGUUCUCCUAACUGCCAGUCACCGAAAUCCGUCCAAUACCCGCAGUGCCAUUUCUAAACUGUAUUCCCCACUGUGUCCUCCAACUGUUGUAUGUUCUGCCAAUCGCUUGAGGACAGAGUGGGAAAAGGAGCAAGCAGAGUUAGAAGCCGGACAAAAGAACUUAUAGACCCCUUAUAUACAUAUUUUCCUAAUGUUUUAGAGAGCGUGGUGUGGUGAAAAACAAUUGCGGUGAGUGCGGAUGGACUUGUCAGUGUAGUUAUGGAACCCCCUUUAAGCAAGAGGAAUCCAGCGAUAAGAUUAGCGGAUUUGGCAGCGACUCAACCCCUUCCUCAUCAGAAUAUGACAGGCUUCCCGGGGCUAGGGGGGCAUCACCCUCUCUCCCACCAUGCCCACCUCCACCCUGGGGAGCUGGGCAACGACCCCGGAGUGGCACUCACUCCAUUUGGACCAGAGCACAUGGCACAGACAAAUGCUCUCAAACUUAGCCCAUCUCAGCACAUUCAGAGCCAUCCCGAAGCCCAGACCGCGGCAUCUUUCACUUCUGCUCAGACCACAGUUGGUUUCCCCGUGGCUCACCCCCACUCAGGCUACUCAAGCAGCAGGGACUUCAUCCUCAGGAGAGAACUCUCAGCCUCUGCUAUGCAUGCACUUGGCGACCAGCAUAGUUCCGCCUCCUCCCCUCAUCACCAUGGCAUGUUCAUCUCCCCAACAGGUGCUUAUGGGCACACGGAAAGUGGGGCCCAUUCACUUUUUACUGGACUUCACGACCAGGCGUCCCCAGGUGCCCACCACCAUGCCCUCAACGGGCAGAUGCGCCUGGGUAUACCGGGGGACAUCUACGGCAGGCCAGAGCACUUCGGGCACAGGCCAGAGCACUAUGGACCCUCUUCUCUCCACAGCUACAACUCCAUGAACCUCAAUGUGAACAUCGCUUCUGCUCCUCACGGAGCGGCGGGGGCGUUUUUAAGAUACAUGCGGCAGCCCAUAAAGCAAGAGCUAAUCUGCAAAUGGAUUGACCAGGAGCAAAGUCAAAAGAAGCCCUGCUCUAAAACUUACAGCACCAUGCACGAACUGGUCAACCACGUCACGGUGGAGCAUGUCGGGGGACCGGAGCAGAGCACCCACGUCUGUUUUUGGGAAGAAUGUCCACGGGAAGGAAAGGCUUUCAAAGCGAAGUACAAACUGAUAAACCACAUCCGAGUUCAUACGGGAGAAAAGCCCUUCCCGUGUCCUUUCCCGGGUUGUGGAAAAGUGUUCGCUCGAUCGGAGAAUUUAAAGAUUCACAAGAGGACUCACACAGGAGAGAAACCUUUCAAGUGCGAGUUUGACGGCUGCGACAGAAAAUUCGCCAACAGCAGCGACCGGAAGAAGCACUCCCACGUCCAUACCAGUGACAAGCCUUACUACUGCAAAGUCCGCGGCUGUGACAAAUCCUACACGCACCCGAGCUCGCUGCGGAAGCACAUGAAAGUGCACUGCAAGUCCCCGCCGCCCCCUUCCACCAACGUCACCUACAUAUCCCCCACAAACCCUCUCGGAGACCCCCUCUCGCCAGGCUCCGAGCCGCACAGGAACCGCUCCGCCGCGAACCUCUCCCCUCAGGUCACCAACCUCAACGAGUGGUACGUGUGCCAGGGGAGCGGGGGACCCAACCACCUCCACACACCCUCCAGCGACGUGCCAACGUCUGAGUCGGACGAUGAGGACUCUUUCAGAAAUUCAGACCCGAGGACAAUGCUCUGAUGCCCCCGUUUACCACCACGUGACUGUCAAACUUAUCAUCUCCAGUUGACCCAUUAAAGUGUGUAGAUCCAUGCUGGCCCGCGCGCCUGGGAUAUCGAUCAGUUAUUUUCACUGUAGUAUUAUUAAACGACUGUGCUAAACGCAGCUAAUACGCAUUCACUGUGGAUGCAGUGCAGCCCAAAUUUCACGAGGAAGAAAACGCCUCUGAUGUGACCCCUGACCUUUCUCAAAAUGUAGAUGGGAACUGUCAAAGUAAAACAUUUAAAGUGACAUAAGAACUGAAAUUAAAAGGUUAGAAAUCCUAUUUGAAAAGAACCAAUUUUUUUUUUAAAGUGAGCCCAUUUCAAACUGAAUUAUUGUUGUUAUUUUUUUUUUUUCCAAAAGCAAUAUGCAGGGUUUAAUUAACUGCAUGUCUAAAGACUCAACUGGUGUUCUGAGGUGACCCUUUCAUGUGACCUCCCAUCAUCCCCUUGCAGUUUAAUAACUGGGCUGCUAUCAAUCACUGUCAGAUUCCAGACAUUUAAGGAAAAUUAAUGGUACUGCUUCUAACACCACAAAUGGCAACAAAUAGUUAAUGGACAGAAUCUAUAGUGGCUGGAGUUGAGAGGUUUUUUUUUUUUUUUUUUUUUCAUUUUCAUUUCAUGUAAUUUCAUUAAGAUGUGGUACAAACUUUGAUAAACCAAUAAGGAAAAAAAAAAAGAGGAGGCAAACAUCUGGGUGUCUUAAGGGUUCUCAUUUACCUUUUCAGAUUUAUACAAUACAUGUGUUUGGAUGGAAUUUUGUAAUAUUUAAGAACUAUUUAAGACUAUAUUUUAUGCACAAUACACAAGUGUUAUGCUCGUUAAAGAGUACGAGUAAGUCCCAUGAGACCCUAAAUGUCUACACUGACAGGCUUUGACCCUGUAGGAUUUGUAUAUAUGUACCUGUACUGAUGCUUGUGAAUGUUGUGUAGUUUUAAUUACAAAAAAAAAAAUGUUGUUUUGUACAUUGUAAUUUAUUUGCUGGUAUCAAUGUUGUACUGGAAUUACAGAAACACCAAAGAAUAAUAAUAUCAGUUUUGGUGAUGCGUAGUACCCUGCUGAUGUUUUUUUUUUUUUUUUUUUUUUCUUCAAACUUUUGUUGAACUUUUGGUUUUGGUUUCAAAUUUUUUCCAUUUUCAAUUGUGUUCUGUAAAAGAAGAAAACAUUUACUUGAAUAGGCUGUGUAAUGUGAAAAGUCCCUUUCUCGCAUGCCUUUUGUAGUGAUCUGUCUUUCUCUUUGAGGUGCAUGGUGCUGUUGGACAUGAUGGAGAAAAGAAAAGAAAAAAAAGAUGAUGAAUCAGCUAUGAUUGUCCAGACCCUUGAUGUUCAAAAUUAAAUUUACAAUAUAAAAUUCUUGCUAAAACUUAAUUUAAAAAAAAUACCAGGACAUAUACAGUAAAUAAUUAACAAGUGUCAAAUUGUUAUAAUGUAUGAGUGGUUUUGAUUAAUAAGGAUUUUGGACAUAAGAAAAUUUACAACAUAGAAAUGGAGUGUUAAUACAUAAAUUCAGCUGGACUCUGGUGAUUUUGAGAUUGCUACUUUUUUGUAAAAUGUAAUUUUAGGAAGCUGUACCUUUCUUGUCAAAUGAUGACAUUCUUUUUAAAUGUGAACUGUAAAUAAGAGUCAACAAAACGUCAAUGUCAGUGUCACUUCAAAUGAAAGAAAAAGUAGAAGCA